AUGGAACCGUAUCCACAAUGUACUAUACCAUUAUACGAUGCACCGGCAGACGUCAAAUUCCCGACAUGGUCGAAUCCUCCGAUGGAGACAUCUUCUGUUGCUGAGCAUUCUCGUAGCUCGGGAUCCGCGAAACGAAAGAAGCAUGCUGACUUGGGAGACUCAACCAGCGGUAAACGCCCCCGGACGGCAUACACUUCUUCGCAACUGGUCGAGCUAGAAAAAGAAUUCCGCUUCAGUCGAUAUCUCUGUCGCCCUCGGCGUAUAGAACUCGCGGCUUCGCUGAAACUCUCGGAGCGUCAAAUCAAAAUAUGGUUCCAGAAUAGACGCAUGAAAUACAAGAAAGAAUUACGAGCGAAAGGAAUCACCGAGCCUAAUAGUCCAAUGCACAUAUCACCCCCGCUAUCUCCGUCGGACGAGCGCAGACACAGAUGUACCCACAAGCACACGCGUCCAGUGACGCCUCCGAGCUCGUCAACGCCUGCUCUGGAACCCUCGCAUGCAGGCGGCCCGGGAUCCGCCAAUUGGUCGGUCGCGGCGCAAGAUGAAGUUGCCGAGAAAGUCUCGGAAGAUUUCGAGCCUGCAUUGAACAUCUUGCUCCUCGAGAAAGAAAUCCGGGAUCGCGUUCUACAACGAUCCUACGAACGGGAUGAGCUCAACCUCUAUGACAAUCCACCCGAAGCAGCACCCUUCGAAUAUCCCGAAAUGGCUGCGGCUAGUCAGCCAUGGCUUCCACAACAGAUUUCAGUAUCACGAUACCCGGGUUUUUACGAGACAUCUCACGUGAAUCAUUGGGAGCAACAGCAACAGAAUAAUUUAUGA